GUAGAGAUAUCCCGACAUUGGGCCGGUGGAUUUAAUGGUAAAUUCUGUAUACCAAUAACUAAAGAGUUGUCUAGUUGGAAGGUUCAUCUGAGAUUUGACCAACCUAUUGACAGUAUUGAGGUAUGGCUAGCAACUGCUACUAAAGUAGGCGACGGAAGAGAGUAUAUUUUGACCAAUAAAGCAUGGAAUGGUGCUGAACAUGUUGGAGAUAAGCUGUGUCUUGAAUUUAUGGGUCAUACGAAAGAUGAUAUUGAACCUGGGGCUGUGGUAUAUUUAAGUGAAUUAGAAUCAACAGGUGCCACCCAUACAUUCCCACCACAUACUACACCAGUUGUACCAACUACAGGUGGUGGAAAACCUACGUUUGAUUAUUCUAAAGCUCUCGGAAAUUCUAUAUUAUUCUAUGAUGCUCAGAGAUCUGGUAAACUACCAGCUAAUAACCCAAUCAAAUGGCGAGGUGAUUCAGCUUUGAAAGAUGGUAGUGAUGUUGGUUUAGACCUCACUGGUGGCUGGUAUGACGCUGGUGAUCAUGUGAAAUUCGGACUGCCUAUGGCAGCUAGUACAACCAAUUUAUUAUGGGGAUAUAUUCAAUGGUCAGACGCCUACAAGGCCGCUGGAUUAACAGACAAAUUCUUCGAUAUGAUAAAGUGGCCGUUGGAUUAUUUUUUGAAAUGCUGGAUUCCUGCUAAGAAUGAAUUCUACGUACAGAUUGGGGAUGGUACACCAGAUCAUCAUUUUUGGGGUCGUGCUGAAGAUAUGACUAUGAAGAGACCAGCAUAUAAAAUAACAGCCAGUAAACCUGGUAGUGAUAUAUCUGGUGAUACGGCUGCUUCCUUAGCCGCAGGUUCAAUUGCUUUUAGAUCUAGAGAUCCGGCAUAUUCCAAGAAGUUGCUCGAUGCUUCUAAAAGUUUAUAUGCAUUUGGUAAAAAAUAUACCGGAAUAUACAGUCAGAGUGUAUCAGCAGCAGCUGCCUUCUAUUCAUCCAGUACAUAUAAAGAUGAGCUAUGUAUUGGUGCUAUUUGGUUGUAUAGAGCUACUAAUGAUUCCAAAUACCUUAACGACGCAAUAAGCUUUCACGAGAAUGCCUGGGCUUGGGCUUUAUCCUGGGACGAUAAGAAGAUAGCUUGUCAGAUGCUGGUGUAUCAGUAUACAUUAAAAGCUAGCAUCAAAGUUGAAGUAGAAGGAUUCUUUAACAAUUGGUUGCCGGACAGUGGUACAGUUAAAUAUACACCAUGUGGAUUUGCCUGGAGAGAUAAAUGGGGUUCGACUAGAUAUACUGCCAAUACUAUAUUUAUAUCUCUGGUGGCGGCUGAUAUGGGUAUUGAUACACUUAAAUACAGACAAUGGGCAAUCGGUCAGAUGGAUUAUAUUUUAGGACAGAAUAGUAAAUGUUUCAGCUAUGCUAUUGGAUUUGGCAAGAAAUAUCCCUUAAAUCCACAUCACAGAUCAGCAUCAUGUCCAGCAAUACCUAAACCUUGUAGUGAAGAUAAUCUGCACGUUAAAACACCCAGCCCACAUCUUUUAGUGGGAGCAUUAGUAGGAGGUCCGGAUUCCACCGAUGCUUAUGUUGACAAUAGGGAAGAUUACGUCCAGAACGAAGUAGCUUGCGAUUACAAUGCUGGAUUUCAAUCGGGUUUAGCAGGUUUGGUUCAUCUGAUUAAUAGCAACAAUUAUCCUGUGCCACCUACACCAAAAUGUCCAUGUAAAUCACCUUAA